AUGUGUGGCAUCUUUGGCUACAUCAACUACCUCGUAGAGAAGGACCGCAAGUUCAUCCUUGACACGCUGCUUAAUGGCCUGUCCCGACUAGAAUACCGAGGUUACGAUUCUGCCGGUCUCGCCAUCGACGGUGACAAGAGAAAUGAAGUGUUUGCUUUCAAAGAGGUGGGCAAAGUUGCCAAACUCCGAGAGUUGGUGGCAGAGUCCGGUGUCGACAUGACCGAAAUCUUUGACUCCCAUGCUGGUAUUGCACACACCCGUUGGGCCACCCACGGCCAGCCGUCAACAAAAAAUUGUCAUCCCAUCAGAUCUGACCCCAAAUGGGAGUUCGCUGUGGUCCACAACGGUAUCAUUACGAACUACAAAGAACUCAAGGCUCUGCUCGAGGGCAAGGGCUUCACAUUCGAAACCGAGACCGACACCGAGUGCAUCGCCAAGCUAGCCAAGUUCCUCUACGAUUCUCAUCCUGACAUCGAUUUCACCACUCUCGGAAAGGCCGUCAUAAAGGAACUCCAAGGUGCUUUCGGUAUGCUCAUGAAAUCCGUCCACUUUCCCUCCGAAGUCAUUGCGGCUCGAAAAGGUUCUCCGUUGGUUGUUGGUGUGAAGACACAGAAGAAGCUGAAGGUAGAUUUCGUGGACGUCGAGUACGAGGGAGAUGGCGGUGCACUUCCUGCGGAGAGAGCGAACCACAAUGUGGCAUUGAAGAAGAAGGCUCCUGGCCUCCUGACUCCUGGUGGACACUUGGCCCCCCCAGACAAGUCUCUUCUCCACAGAUCGCAGUCUCGUGCCUUCUUGUCUGACGAUGGUAUGCCACAACCUGCCGAGUUCUUCCUGUCCUCCGACGCCUCAGCCCUAGUCGAACACACAAAGAAGGUUCUUUAUCUCGAGGAUGACGACAUUGCUCACAUUCACGAUGGCCAGCUCAACAUCCACCGGUUGAACAAGGACGAUGGCACCAGUAACGUCCGUGCCAUUCAGACAAUUGAGCUCGAGCUGCAAGAAAUCAUGAAGGGAAAGUUUGAGCAUUUCAUGCAGAAGGAAAUCUUCGAGCAACCAGAGUCUGUGGUCAACACCAUGCGUGGUCGUCUGGACGUUGCCAACAAGACUGUUACUCUAGGAGGUCUCAGACAGUACAUCAGUACCAUCCGGCGAUGCAGAAGAAUCAUCUUUAUUGCUUGCGGUACGAGCUACCACUCGUGUAUGGCUGUCAGAGGUGUUUUCGAAGAACUUACCGAAAUCCCCAUUGCUGUCGAGUUGGCUUCGGACUUCCUUGACAGACAAGCGCCGGUCUUUCGAGACGAUACCUGCGUAUUCGUCUCUCAGUCUGGCGAGACGGCGGACUCCUUGAUGGCUCUGCGAUACUGCUUGGAACGUGGUGCAUUGACUGUCGGUAUCGUCAACGUUGUCGGCUCCUCCAUCUCCAUGCUCACUCACUGUGGCGUGCAUAUCAAUGCGGGUCCCGAAAUUGGUGUUGCCUCCACAAAAGCCUACACAUCCCAGUUCGUCGCCAUGGUCAUGUUUGCCCUGUCGCUUGGUGAAGAUCGAGCGUCCAAGGCCCAGCGCCGGGCCGAAAUCAUCGAAGGUUUGGGCAAGGUCAGCGAGCAGAUCCGUGAGAUCCUCCAACUCAACGACUCGAUCAAGGAGAUGUGUGCCAAAUUCCUCCAGAAGCAGAAGUCUCUCCUUCUGCUCGGCCGUGGCAGUCAGCAUGCGACUGCUCUUGAAGGUGCAUUGAAGAUCAAGGAAAUUUCGUACUUGCAUUGCGAAGCAGUCAUGUCAGGUGAACUCAAGCAUGGCGUUCUGGCUCUUGUCGAUGAAAACUUGCCUAUCAUCAUGAUUCUCACUCGCGAUGACAUUUUUGCCAAGUCCCUGAACGCAUAUCAACAAGUCAUCGCCCGUAAUGGACGCCCAAUUGUCAUUUGCAACAAGGAUGAUCCUGAAUUCCCACCAGAUAAGACCGAACGUAUCCAGGUGCCUAAGACCGUUGACUGCUUGCAAGGUCUCCUGAACGUCAUUCCGCUGCAGUUGAUCGCCUACUGGCUGGCGGUCGCAGAGGGACUGAACGUCGACUUCCCACGAAACUUGGCCAAGUCUGUCACUGUCGAGUAA